AUGGGGUCUAGUGAGCACGCUCUCGGUUCAGUCGAAGACUCAGAGGAUGUGGUGACCUUGGAGGACCUAGUCAGUGCUGCGUGUCCAGAGCACAACUGGCAGUGUGCUCGCGAGCGCUCUCAAGCAGAACGUGCAAUAGCAGUGUGUGUCUGUCGGACGUGCACGACGCGGGCAGCGCUGCCCGAGGGCCCCAGUUUACCGUCCAUCGUAUGCCAGGCGUGUGCGGAUGCCUGCCACGCAGACCACGACACGUUUGCGCUGGGAAACAAGCACGGACUCGUAUGCCAGUGUGCGCCUCCGCACUGUGCGCUAAGCGACGUUGCCGCUGCGCCGUUGCCGACCUCUCAGGUGUGGUGGCUGCGAGAGCAUCACAACGCUCGAAACAGGUUCUGUGUAUGUGACGCCGAGUAUCAAGGCGAGAAAGACGACACCAUGCACCAGUGUAUUGGUUGUGAGGACUGGUUCCACGUCAAGUGCCUCGGUGGCCUGGACGCGACGACGGGCUCCACGGACGGGCUGCUUGUGUGCACUGCGUGCCGGCGGAGCUGCAGCCCCUUGGCGCUAUGGGUGCCCGCUGCCAAGGCAGCGGGCAGCGUGUCGAAACCGCUUUGCAUUGCGCAAGCGGUACUUGACAGCGACACGUCGACGCAGUCGGAGCAAAUGGCUCCGAUAUUUGUGACUGUGGAGGAACUGGAGGCGGUAGUCUGUCCAUGUGACGCCUGCAGCUCACAACGAAACGCUGCGCAUCUGGAAUGGCUUUUUGAUGAGGAACAGGCUGCGGAUGGUGCCGUCGACGUGGAAAUGUCUCCGUUUCCGCCUUCGAUUCAGGGCAAGCGGGUGCUGGAGCUGGAGUACGCAUAUGCCUGGGGCGCCGCCAAAAGGCGGUUGUACAGCCUCUUCCAAGAGUGUGCACGAGAAAACAGGGUGGUAACAGAGCGGGACGUGCGCCUGGCGCUUGCUGAGAUUCAACGGGAGAUCCAGCAAACGCACUAA